AUGAAGGAUGCAAAAGAUAUCAAGAUGAGUGGGGAUGUAGCGGAUUCCACGGAUGCUCGAAGUGCCCUCGGCCAGGUGGAGACAGGAAAUGAUCGAAAUGGCCUAGAUUUCAACAGGCAGAUUAAAACUGAGGACCUCAGUGACUCCUUGCAGCAGACCCUCUCGCAUCGGCCAUGUCACCUGAGUCAAGGACCUGCCAUGAUGUCUGGAAACCAAAUGUCUGGGGACAUGACCUCCCUCCAUCCGCUCCAGCAGCUCGUGCUGGUUCCUGGCCACCUCCAGUCCGUAUCCCAGUUCCUGCUAUCCCAGACCCAAUCUGGGCAACAAGGUCUGCAGCCAAAUCUUCUCCCCUUUCCGCAGCAACAGAGCUCUCUCCUCCUCCCGCAGACCGGGCCUGGCCUGGCGUCCCAGGCAAUUGGGCGCCCCGGGCUGCCGGGAUCUUCUUUAGACCCCCAUCUGGAAGCGUCCCCACAUCUCCCAGCGCCGAAGCAUCUACCCAGCUCUGGAGGGUCUGAUGAGCCCAGUGACCUGGAAGAGCUGGAGAAGUUUGCCAAGACCUUCAAGCAGAGGCGCAUUAAGCUGGGUUUCACACAGGGAGAUGUGGGGCUGGCGAUGGGAAAACUGUACGGUAAUGACUUCAGCCAGACCACCAUCUCGCGAUUUGAGGCCCUCAAUCUGAGCUUCAAGAACAUGUGCAAGCUCAAGCCACUGCUGGAGAAAUGGUUGCACGAUGCAGAAACCUCUCCAUCGGACCCCUCGGGGAGCACCCCCAGCUCUUUCCCCACCCUCAGUGAAGUGUUUGGUAGGAAGAGGAAGAAACGGACCAGCAUCGAGACCAAUAUCCGCCUGACUCUGGAGAAGAGAUUUCAAGACAACCCCAAACCCAGCUCAGAAGAGAUCUCCAUGAUUGCAGAGCAGUUGUCCAUGGAGAAGGAGGUGGUGAGAGUCUGGUUCUGCAAUCGACGUCAGAAGGAGAAGCGAAUCAACUGCCCCGUGACCACACCCAUCAAAUCUCCCAUCUACAACUCCCGCUUGGUCUCUCCCUCUGGGUCUCUGGGCCCCCUCUCUGUCCCUCCUGUCCACAGCACCAUGCCUGGAACAGUAACGUCAUCCUGUUCCCCUGGGAACAACAGCGGGCCUUCGUCUCCCGGCUCCGGACUCCACGCCAACAGCCCCACUGCAUCUCAAAAUAACUCCAAAGCGGCAAUGAGCGCCUCCGGUUUUAACUCUUCAGGAUCUUGGUACCGAUGGAAUCAUCCCACCUACCUCCACUGAGACCAAAAAGUUUCUCCUAAUCCACCUGGCCCUGUAUUCCCCACUGGAAGGAAGGGAAUCACGCCUUCUGUGUAUGGACAGAUUACGGUCAGAAGAGUGAAAGAGAAUCCCCACUGUCAACCCAAACUCUUGCUUCUUCAGGAGUGAGGGCCCCCAGAGAUCUAAACUGUGAUCGAAGCAUGUGCGGACUCCUAGUGUUCUUGAAACAUAUGCCCCUCCUCGCUGUUUACCGUUUUCACCUUCCUUCCCCGUGCUCCUGUCUCCUAGUUCUAAAUAUCUCAGACGGCUUCACUGUGGCAGUAGUCUCUCGGAGAAAGGACAUCUUGCCACGAUUUCCCAAUGCAUCCGUGGGCCUCUCGGGGACAGACGUUUGCCUGGUGUGCCAAACAACCGGAAGGAGAGAUGAUGGUUUUGACUCUGAACUUAGCCUCCGCCUCUGAACCGAUUCUAAAAUCUGUGAAAAGAUUUGAAUCUGAUGUCUCCACCAAAGACUUGACGUUUUCUCCGUUCAGCAAACUUUUCUGACUGAAUCUUCAUUUCACCCCAUUUUCUCUUUAGCCCCCUUUUCUAGAACCAAGAUCCAGUCGUGAUUGCCUUCUCCAGGUUCUCUCUUCUUUACAGAAGGCUGAGCCACCCUCAGCCCCCGGGGCAUGUUUCUCUGCCCACAGGUGCUCUUUUGUUUGCUAGACCUGCCCCGGAGCUUAGGAGUGCUUACUCCUUCUCUC